GCGACCCGCCGUUGUCGCCAGCUGUGAACCCGAGUGGCAUCAACGAUCUGACCCGCUGUAUAUACAGUCGCAUUUACCACGAUUUGCUCCCUUCGCAGCAUCUUCAAGCCGCAAUAGAGAUCGCGCCGCAUUUGCAUAAAAACACAAAGUUUCGCGGACGAUUUUGCGACCAGGCCACCCGUCGACAAAAACUUCCAAAGCAGACACGACGCCAUGGCCAUACUCGACAAAGCUAUCAACCGUGAUGGUUCGGGAGGUGUGAUUGGAGGUGUCGUACGCCUUGUGCUUCGCUUCUUUCAAUUCGUGCUGGCGCUCACUGUUGCGGGUCUUUACGGCGUGGACCUUCAGAGGGCCGACCAUGCCGAUGGCAAAUGGGUAUUUGCGGAAGUCGUGGCUGGACUCUCUGCUAUCACCAUCCUUCUAUACGCUGGUCUUUUCUUCAUACCGAGCCAAAAGCUGUUCCCCUGGGACUGGAUACUCUUUAUCCUCUGGACUGCCCUCUUUGGUCUCUUCGGCAACAUGUACAUCGGAGAAAAGCCAACCCCGGAGCAGCACGGCCUCCAAAGAAUGAAGAACGCUGUCUGGGUGGAUCUGACCAACAUGCUGUUAUGGUUGAUCACUGCGGUUUGGGGUACCGUGGUAUUCUUCCUGCAUCGCAGUGGCCGGACACUGCACACUGGUCGCGCCAAAGCCUAG